AUGGCGACGAUAACCGCACUAAAAUGCUCAGUUUGCUCGGCAUCAAUGCUGAAUCCUCAAGCAUGGCAAGCGACAAAAACCAAUACCAAUCGAUCGUCAAGUCCCAAACGAACUACGAAAAAGCAAACUUUAAAUCGAUCGAACAGUGCGCAGAAUAAACUAUCGAAACCGCCCGUCCAGGGUCUUGAAGAUGAAUACAUCAAACAAUUACAAGAACAAAUUUACUAUCUCGAAACCGAAUGUCACUAUCUGCGUGACCAAUUGAACAAAACAUCAACAUUGGCCCAUCGUUCUCACCAAGCCGAACAGGAUCGUUCCGAUUUACAACGAAGUCUGGUUCAAACAUCGUCUCAAUACGAACAAGUCGCCAGCGAAAACCAUGGCCUAACAAUCGCAUUAGAUGAACUUCGUCGAAAGUUUGAUAUUGAAAAGCAACAACUUCUCGAUGAACUGGAUAGUUUACGACGCGCUCGAGAUGCUCUCGAGCAAGAACGUCGUGUGCAUGAUCAGGAAUUACGACAACUUCGUGACCGAACACGGGUUACGUCAGAUGAAUUGAAAAAUACUCAGGAUAAAAUUCGUGUUUUGGAACAACAGUUCGAACAACAAUUGAAUCAAAAUAAACUUUUGAAUGAUGAUCUUCGACAUUCAAAGUUAGAAACAAGUAAUUUACAACGAACUUUGAACGAUCAUCAAAUUAUCAGUCGAGAUCGAGAUCGAUUACAAGGCAUCGUGGCGGAAUUGGAAAAAGAAAUACGAAUCCUUCGGCAAGAAGCGAAAACGCAAGAAGCUCGAUAUAACGAUGCUCAACUUCUUCGUGACAAAUUAAGUGACGAAAGAAGUGGCCUAUUGAAAGAAGUGACACGAUUACAAGCAUUAUCCAAAGAAUACGAAAGAGAACUCGACGAACUGCGUCGUGCUCUACGUGAACGAACUGAUGUAUUGCAAGUGAAAGAAGCAGAAUUAGCUGCUCUACGAAAAAAAGAACACACUUUUCGAAGUACAGUUGAUAAUUUGCAAGUUAAGUUAGAUACAGAAUUGCUCAAAAAUCAAGAUCUUGAUGGACAACUUAAACAAUUACAAAGGCAAUUGAACAUUGAAAUUCAAACUGCAUUAACCGCAAAACGAGAGUCGAAUGAAUACGAAAUUCGUAAUACUCGUUUACAAGACGAAAUCAACGCUCUUCUACGUGAUAAAGACCAAUUAACAAGUCGUAUUGCUAAACUAGAACAACAAUUACUAAAUGAGGAGCGUUUGACGAACAAAUUACAAAUUGAGAUGCAAGAACUUGAAGACCGUGUGAAAGAAAUCGAUCGUCUGAAAUCCUUGGAAGAUUUAAUUCAAUCUCAGCGUUGGGAAGAUAUGUCUCAAAUGGCUCAAACUAUGCAAACAGUUAGCCGAACAAUGGCUCGGGCAACCAGUCCAACAGUUCUACGCAAGAAACGAGUUGAAUAA